AUGAAACUAAUUCUCCCGCUGCAUUUUCUCUUCGCGAUUUCCGCGAAUUGCGAGCGCCUCUGCAAGGGUUUGUCCUACCAAAACGCCGCGAUAUCGUGCCUGGAAAACAUCCUGGUGGACCACCUGGUGGUGCCCAUGGGGUUGGACGACACGAACCGCACCACGUUGGUGCCGGUUCUGACCAGCAACGUGGAGUCCUGCUUGGAAAACCGGCUGAUAGCGAGGAUAUCCGCGAGAUUGCCUUUCAUCACGUUCGCUAUGUUCAAUAUGGAGGAUGUCCGGUACUCGAAGACGCGCCAGACGCGGUACAACGCGAAGUUUUACAUCUUCUUUCUGGACGAUUAUCGGAAUUUCACCGAUGCUUUAGCUAUGGUGCGCAGAGCUGAUUCUUUCAACCCCACGGCGUUUUUCCUGGUGUACGUGGAGGGCAACUCCGGUGGAAAUGCGAUUACAGCUGGUGGUAUUUUGCGAGUAACGAAGAUUAAUUACCUUCCCUACGCUGCGGUGCUGGUAAAUUUGGACGAUGCGUUUGAAUUGUACCAAUUCGUUUACGAUUAUGGUAAGAAGAAGAAGAGGAAAAUAUGCGGCACUUAUCCUAAAGUUACCGUAGUGGAUACAUGCGUUAAUGGUACGAUGCUGAAACCAUCCAAGAACUACAACGAUGUCCGUGUGAGGGAAAACUGCAUAGUAAAAGUGGUAGCGAAAGAAUUCGUCCCGUUCGUCCUCUCGAAAACGGAGGGUUUCGAAAUCGAUGUACUCCAACUCAUCGGCUCCUACCUGAAAGUGACGUUCGACGUGGAGUUCUACCCCAAAAGCGCGCUUCCUAACUGGGGAGGCAAAAUAAACGGCACCUGGACGGGCCUCGUGAAGGACGUCGCCGAGAAAACGAGCGUAGGCGUGGGCCACAUCGUCGUGGGGUUGAUGGACUCCAAGGAAUUCUCCUACAGCCAGAGUUACCACUACGCCUCCCUCGUGUGGGUGAUACCCAAAGCUCUGGACAUCCCCAAAUGGAGGAUACUCUUCGCUUUGUUCUCCCCGCAGGUCUGGGCCCUUUGCUUGGGCAUGGUGCUCUUAUUCGCGUUCGUAUUUUACCUAGUCAUCAAACUACAAGGUGGAACACCUCGUAAUUCUUUACUAACAGCCACCCAAAUCUUAAUCUACCAACCCGUCUCGCAUCUACCUAGAAACGACCUUCACAACGUCUUCUUCCUGGGCCUGUGCGUGGCGAGCAUCAUCCUCAACUCGGUGUACACCAGCUCCUUGUUGUUCUACAUGAAGAACCCGAUGACCGAGCACCAGGCCAGCGGUCUACACGAGUUGAUAGACCCCUUCGGAAACCCCGUUUACGAGGUGGGCGGUUACAGCAAGUACAAGUCCUUUUACAACGACUCCGAAACGGAGACAUCGCGAUUCGUCUACGACCACUAUCAGGUUAGUUACGGGGAAAACGACACCUUGGAGUACUGGUUGAGGCGGGUCGCUCACACGAGGCGCUACUGGACCAUCUCCACUCUAUUAUACGCUAAAUAUGUGGAUGCUUUGGAUAACAUCACCAGAACCGAGGACGGUAAAUCGAUGAUAUUCGUGAAAAGUAAGAAACCCGUCAGCGUGAACGGAGUGGGGUUGAUCAUGAGGAGGUCCCACCCGUUGCUGGGGAAGAUCAACAAGAUCAUCCAACACAUGCUCUACGGCGGCAUCCAGUUGAAGAUCAGGAGCAAAUACUGGCGGGUGAUCGAGAAGAUGGAGAGCCUGGAUAACAGCAUCGACAUGGCCGACGAGCCGCUCACUUUCUACCAUUUAGAAGGGGCUUUCGCUUUCUUGAUCUUGGGAUAUGUUCUGGGUUUCCUGAUUUUGGCGAUGGAAAUUAUAAUAUAUCGUUGCAAGAAGCGCAAGAAUAGAAAGAUGAAAGAUAUUCGACACUUGAAGAGAAAAAAGAACAAUAAAGUGCAUGAAAUUCGUUAAUAAGCAUUCGCUUAAGUAGGCUUUGUUAGAAACUUGCGGUGUUGUCACAAUGUGCUUAUUUUCUAAGUUAUUGGCGAUUUUGGCAGAACUAACGAUGUGACCAUUAAGUUUUUUAAUUAAUUUCCGUUAUAAUCAAAUGUUAUAAAAGUUUUAUGACUUCUAAUCUAUUGGCAAGCAGCGCAAAUUCAAGCUUUAAUUAACGAAUCAAUAAUUCAAUUUCGGGUAUGUGGGUGGACGAGUGGUUUGUUAGCAUCUGUUUUCUGUUUAUUCUGAUGUAUCUAGUCGUUUAUUAUAAUCGAAACAAAUGUUCAUCUACAAAAUAAAAUGUAUCUGUUUGGAUUAAACGAGUUUACG